AUGGCAACAAAGCCCGUGGCCUGGGAGGAACAGGGUCCUGUCAGCUCACUAGACAGGUCAGUCAAUGAGUCCUGGGCACAGGGUGAAGUGGAUGCAGCCAUAAGCCACAGCUCUCCUAUGCAAGACAAAAAGGCUCCCAGGGCAGAACCUGAGGAAGACAUAGAUGUCCUGGAGCCCGGAGCUCAAGACGAAACUCUGCAGGGGAACCAAACACUCUCAAGAACCACAAUAGCUGUUGCAACCAAAUUGGAAAAGAAUCAAGAAUCAACAACCCCCAGGGAGACACAAGAAGUUGUGACAGAAUUAGAACAAGUUCCCAAAAAACAAUUGGAAACAUCACAGGCUCAGGAGGCAUCUGAAAACCUUGCUGAUGAAUAUGAGGAUGCUUUCCCACCACCACCACCUCCCCCACUCAGUGCCUUAUCAACAGAAGAAUGCCGUGAGAAAGAGGCCUUUUCCAGCCUGGAGGGCGAGGCGGCCGAAUGCCUCAGUGAUGUUGAGAUCUUCUCAGACCCUGCAGAAGAUCUUCUGUCUCCUGAUAAGGAGCUCAUUGAACUAGUUGAUCAAGAGGUAGAUUCAGCAUCUGAGGAAAAUGGGACAGCAGAUGAGAUGGACACACAGCUGCACUUCUUACCAGAUGGUUUAGGCUACAGUGAAAGUGAAAAUAACACAUCAGGGGAUGUUCACCAUUCUCCCUCUGACAUUAACAACUCAGGUGAUGCAUACACUGUGUGUUCCCCUCCUUUUGCUGAUGAGAGUGAGGAAGAAGAGGAAAUGAAGGUGGAUAUUACAUGUUGCCAGCAGCAGUGUGGUACACUAGAAAUCAGAAGCAAGCCUUUCCAAACUGCCAAUAUCCCCCUUUCCACUGAACAAGCCCCGGCCUCAGCCCUGCCUGCAGUUCCCUCAGCCAAACAGCAGGGUGAGCUGUUGCCCCAAAGCCAAUGUGGACUUACCCCCAGGGGAGCAAACCAGGAAGCUGCACAACAGGUGCAGGGCCAAGGCUCUCCACCUUUGUCGACUGUUGCCAUGGAGCUGUCCAAUCAGGGCGGGACAACUUCCCAAGGCUUUGGUUGUGUUGUAGCUGUGAGAGAAAGGCACAGUAGGGUGGGGGAAAGGACAGUGGGAGAAAGCGAGCAAACAGGUGGAGUGGAAAGGCAGAAAGAGAGAGGACUUGAAAGGAGCAAGGCGGCCAGGCAGCAACAUGGCAGAGGACUGUUAAGAUAUUCAAAAACAGUCCAAGUACAAGAGCUUAGGACAGAAAAAUAUAGCUGUGGUGUGUCUUUUAAACACAGCAAACACGUCAGAAUGGAGAGUGACUCGUGUGAUGACAGCCAGAGUGACAGUGGAGUGUCAGCAGACUUCUCUCCAUGCAGCACUUUGGAGGGCAACACCACCAUGUCUACAGGCAAUCCAGGAACUGUCCCCAAAGAGACUCCCAUCGAGAGGGAGAUCCGACGGGCUGUGGAGCGUGAACACAGCCUGAGAAGGUCCAGAGGGCUUCCAAAUCUACCCACCUCCCCAGAGUAUGUGGAGAUUCCUCUAAGAAAAACUGUUCUCUGCCAGUCUCUCACCACUGAGAGGUGUCAAGGCAAAGACAGGCAAUUUGCAGGCAAAAAAAUGGAGCAUGAGAUCCAUGAAGAGGCCCGGAGGGAACAGGAUCUGGUCAAGCUUGGGAAAGUUCCAGGUUUCUAUGACAAAGGCACAGUUCGCCAACUGAAGGAGAGGAAGCAGCUUUUUGAGGCCUUUCAGAAGCCCAGUGACUCAACUUUGACUGUCUCAACCAGGUGUAAAACCACAUCCUGGUCCUCAGCCAGUGACAUUUCAACCCUAGAGGAGGAUAUCUCAUCACAGAUAUCCACUGCAGGACGCUCGUAUGUGGAGAGGAGACGGAGCCUAGACCUGCUAAAUCCCACAGAGAGCCCCAUCUUAGCCAAAGGAGGGGGUUCCACCAGCUCAACUCCCCGAGGACCGGGCGUCUCUGAGGGGACUGGUCGCCAGGUCACCAUCCUAGAGGAUAACCUGAGUGUCUCAGCACAGAAGCUCUACCAUGCCAGACAAGAGGCACAGCCUGUCACCACCGUCGACUCUGGAAGUCCAAACAUCUCAUCAUCCAUGACAGGAGGACAUGGAGCGAUUAACGAGAGAAAGCAGGAAAAGGAGGAAGAGGAGGAGGAGGAAGCACCUAAGGAGAAUCCCUUUUACAAGCUGCGCUCCUCAACAAAUUUAGUUAAAGUGGAGCAGGAUAUCCGGGAGGCUCAAGAGAGGGAGAAGGAGCUUCGCAAGCAGAGGAUCAGCCUGUAUGGGGGAACAGGGGGUGCAACUGGAGGAGAAAGAGGAGGAGGAAGGAGGUCAGCCAGCAUUGAAGGACAGAGUCCCGCAUUGUCUCCCUCCUCACUGAAUGGACUGGCUGUUCCUGACUUACCUGGCUCAUCACCCAGGUGGGCAACUGGACCCUCAGCAGCACACCAAUCUGUUGGCAAGUUUGCCGUGUGGCCGCCGCCCCAGGCUGAAGAGGGAAGGUCAGAGGUCCUCCUGAGUCCGCGGACCCCCAGGCAGAAGACCCCUCUAGUACAGCGCUGGGAGUCAGGCCUGCUCAAUGGACACAACGAGGAUGACAACUGAGGAGACGCUGACAGCGAAACAGGGACAUGUAGUUUUUGAAGUGGAGGGCUGAAAGACUGUGAGAUAAAAGAGGAGACCGUUGUACGGAAAGUGGGAACAGACGAGAGGAGGGAGCAAUGAUGAAGAGGAGGAAAAAGAGAGAGAAUGUGAAGUGAGAAAGAGGUCAGGGAUUUAGGCUAGAAAGGGGGUCAGGAGGAUUGGGAGCAGGGAAAAGGAUUGGUGGUGGACUGGAAAACCCUGAAGAGUCCUUCAGUGAGGAGGAGAGAAAAAGGAGGAGGAGAGCCACCUAUUAGUGGAUAAGCACUUGGCCUGCUUCUGCUGCUGGAAACUCUGAGACUAAUGAACAUAAAAUGGCAAAUAAUAACAAUGAUACUGCACUGGAGAAAAGAAAAAUGUAAAUUUAGUGAGAACAGGAUUUUAAAACCUUAAUGAAUUUCUUUACCAAUGGAUUUUUUUUUUAUGAUAAUGAGUUAUUAUUUGUUGAUGAAAAUAGAAUAGCACAGUGUCUGAUACUAAAGAAAGCUUGAAAAACAAAGUGUCAUCACCAGUUUUAUGCUUUAAUGAUGUCUUACACUGAGUUAUCAGAUUAUAACACCUGUACAAACUAAUGCAAUCCAAUACAAUAGCAUUGCAAUAAAUCCUAACUUUGUGUA